AUGAUGGAUAUCUCAUUUUCUAAUGAGUUAUGUUACAUGAGUGCAAGUAGUUGUAAUCAAAACCAAGAUUUGUUUUUCUAUAGUGCACCAACUAGUCCUAGUAGGCUUAAGUUUAUAGAACAUGUUGGUUCUCAAACAGGUCCUACAACACCAAGAUCAUAUGAAGAUGUUAACUCCAAUCUAGACCGGUUUGAGUUCGAAACGAGUCGUCGUUUUAAUCAUAGCAAGUUGAUCGGCGCUAAGGUGAACCAAAAAGAUGAUGCGAAAGUGUUUGAGGGAAAUCAAAGGCUUUGUGAGGAUUCAUUGCCUACUAUGGCUUUUGCUGAUGAGUUAUUUUGUGAUGGUAAAGUGAUGCCAAUGAUGCAACCUCUUAAACUUCCUCCAAGGCUAGUUCAAAGUGGAGAUAGUGCUCAAAGCUCGAGAGCGACGUCUCCUAAGUCUCCGGCGUCAUUGCUUAGGCUUCCGUUUUCGCGCUUGUGGAAGAACGAUGACUUUGAUCCGUUCAAGGUGGCUUUUGAGAAGGUAAGAGAAGAUAAGAGAGGGAAAUCAAAGGGUCGAGAACAUGGUUUAAGAAGGACUAGAUCUCUUUCUCCGUUGAGAGAUUUCAACAAGAGUGAUAAACAUGUUGAACGAUCAGAGUCACGUAAACAUGAGUCGCAUUGUUGUGAAAAACUUCCUUUAAUGUCUUUUCCAGAAGGUCAGAUGUUACGCGAGCUUCUGGAAGAGCCAAUGCAGGAAGUGUUAGGAAGAGAAAAAAUAGUAUCCGAGGCAAAAGGUUUGGCGUUUGCUAGACAAGUGAGAGAAGUGAAAGUAGCAAAUGAUACAAACUUUGAGUUUGAGCCUAAGAAGACAUUAGUUUCCAAUGCUGCUAAAGAGCCAAAGAAAGAUGAGAACAAAAAAAGUGGGUUUUGGAAAAGUAAUAAGAAGAUAGAAAGUAUAAAGAAGUUUUUUUUUGGGAAUUCAAACAAGGGUAAAGCUAGUGAUCCACAGAAGUUAGAAGGUAAAAAAGCAGAAGUAGGGAAGCAAACAUUGGUGAAGAAACUUGACAUGAAAUCUGUGUCAUCAACACAAUCAACCUCAUGGAGUAAAGAUGAAAUAUCAGGUGAGUUUACAAAAAUGAGAUUGGUAUGUCACAGACCAUUGCCAAAGUCUUUUCUCUGUUUGGGAUAUGAGGGAUGGAAAGUGAAGUGA